GCUUUCCGAGGAAAGAGGAGGGGCUUACUGUAAGUGUGUACAGUCAGAUACAUAGACAUAUAUAUGUCUAUGGUCAGAUAGGCGCCACACACAACACUAACGAAAUGGAAUAAAUAGUGGACCGAGGCAAGAAAAGAGGCAAAAACAAUCACAAACUAUCGUUUAUCUACAGCGCUAAGAUUUCCUUGGAAGACAUUGGCUUCGCUGUCAACCACGAUGAGACUGAUCUCCUCAGUGAAGGGGUGUAUGGGACCCAAUGUGUACCCAGAUGUGCCCAACGGAGGCUGGGGGUGGGUGGUGGCUGUGGCAUUCUUCUUUGUGGAGGUCUUCACCUAUGGCUUCAUCAGGAGCUUCGGCAUCUUCCGGGAGGAAAUCAUGGCUGAGUUCAACGAGUCCUCUAACCGGGUCAUGUGGGUUAUCCCAAUCUGCGUCUUCACCAUGGGGUUCACAGCUCCUCUCUCCACUGUGUUGAGCAACCGGUUUGGGUUUAGGCCCACUGUCAUGGUUGGAGGCUUGCUCAUGAGCCUGGGCACCAUCAGCAGCAGCUUCACCAGAUCCAUCAACGAGAUGUACAUCACUCUGGGCAUCGUCUCAGGACUGGGCUACUGCCUCACCUUCCUGCCCACCAUCACCAUCCUCUCGCAGUACUUCAGCAGGACCCGCUACACCGCCAUCUCUGUUGCCUCCUUGGGGGAGUGCAUCUUCCCGUUCGCUCUAGCCAAUGUCUACAACAUCCACCAUGUGGAUGAAAUUGGUUGGCGCGACUGCAUGGUGGUUAUUGGGGUCCUACAGGUGAGUGUGAUUGGCUGUGGGGCCCUGCUUUGCCCAAUCGUCCUCAAACCCAGACAAGCUGCUGGUGACUCGUCCAGCUCUGUGGACACCAGCUUUCAGCCGCUCUCCGCCUCGCGCACCAACUUGAACAACGCCCAACAGGAGGCGCCAUCACAGGCCUCCCCCGACAAGAAGUGCCUCACUGAGGAAGAAAAAGAGCAGCAGGCCUGCUUGAAGAAGCAGGAAGACAAUGAAGGACAGGAGACGGUCAUCGUAGAGUCAUCAGGGCCUACCACUGCUAUCUCCCCCGCCAGCACCAAGCUGCUGGACUUCAUGGUGCUGUGCGAUGGCAGCUUCAUCUGCUACUCACUCUUCGGUCUGUUCGCCACGCUGGGCACCUCGCUGCGCUUCUACAUAACGCUUCUAUAUUACAGUCAGGACAUGGGCAUGGCCGCCUUAAUCCUUGGCCCUUUAUACUUUACCAUUUGCCUGAGCGAGAUCGUGGGCCGCCUGUCUGGCGGCUGUCUGGUUGACUGUGUGCCCUUUCGCAAAAUCAAUGUGCUGCUGCUGUGCAUGGUCCUGCUGACUGUAGUGAGCGUUUUCGUGCUGUGUGCUGGGAUGUUUUUGUGGGCAUUAUCCGGCUUCACAUUCUUGGGCUACCUGUUGGGCGCCGUGUGCUCAAUGCACAUCCCCAUGCUGGCUGAGGUCGACAGGCUGGGCAUCAAACGCAUGCCCUCGGCCGUCGGCAUCUAUGCCUGCAUCCAGAGCUUUGGGGUGUUGGCUGUACCACUUCUGUGGGGUGAGGAGGACACAAAGAUCUUGCCUUUUGCCUGUGUGGGUAUGGGGCUGGGAGCACUGUUCCUGGGCCUGGUGCACCCAGUCAGUCUGUGCCAGGGAAAGAGGAAGGAGUGAGCAGUCCAUCAGGAAACUUGACGGACGCCCCAGGUGACUUCCUGGAUGUAGAUCUGGAGGGCAGCCCUGCAAAAAAGCAAAGAGCCAAGUGUGGUAUGAGUUCAGAGUGGGUCACGAGACUGACUUAGAGGCCUUAGAGGCAAGACCUAUGCAGACAAGAAGAGAAAAGGAAGAAGUGAAGACGAGGCAGAUAUAUAAAACAGGUUUACAAUUCAGGUUGACACUUGACGCCCAGUAUAAUGAGUGGUCUACGAUAAGACCAGACAAAUGGUAGGCUAGACUUCUUAACAAUUUUUAACAGAUUUUACUCAGUACAUACUCUUAAAGUACUCUUAUGUUUAACAAGUUUUAACAGAUUUUACUCAGUACAUACUCUUAAAGUACUCUUAUUAAGUACUUUUUUAAAGUUAGUCUUUCUCUCACGAUAAUAAAAAAAAAGGCUUGUUAUAAAGUCAGUAUAUUCAUGAGCUAUUUACCAUUUAUGAAUGAUUGCAGGACGACACUGGGAGGAGUAUAAGGCUCCUGCACAAUUCAGUGCAUGUUGUUGUGCAAAGUAAGUAAGCCUUGGAAGUUUGCAACCUUGAAACUCAGCUAGCUUGUAAUAAAUUACACUUUCCAAUACAAGCAUAACACCAACAUUCAAACGCUUAGAAAACAAUGUAUAUGGGCUGAAAACGCGAGGGGUAUUUAGCAAAAAUUUACAUUUAGUCAUUUAGCAGACGCGUUUAUCCAAAGCAAGGGAGAACACUUAAAUUUGUCAUUUUGUUUGUUAUUCUUUGUUUAUGAUACGCGUUCAUCACCGAUGUCACAAUAAAUUAAACUAUGCAGAGUCA